GAAAUUAUAACGAUUGAGUCAGUAUAUAGUAAUUCUCACAUCAACUAAAUACUCGAAAAUAUUGAGUAGAAAAAAGUUUUAAUACUUCAAAUAUCAAUCCUACGGAAAUGUGUCUUAAAACGAGUUUGUUACUUAUGUUAAUUAUUGUCAGCAUAUUGACGCUUGAGAUUGUAGCUCAAGAACCUGAAGCUUGUCAGUUGCCUAUAGUUCAAGGUCCUUGCAGAGCACAUGCAAUGAGAUACGCCUAUAUGUCAUCUACAAACAACUGCGAGCAAUUCGUGUAUGGUGGGUGUAGAGGAAAUAGAAACAAUUUUCCUACCAAGGAAGACUGCGAGAAAAGCUGUGUUCAUUAAAAUCAAUAAAAAUAUCGAACAAGUGACUGUGCGACAUUCAAGAAAUGCACUUAUAUACCUUACUUUCAUGAUAAUUAUAUGUAAUAGAUUAUAAUACACUACAAAUUUAUAUGAAUGAGAAAAUAACUACUUUUAUUUAACA